AUGCUACCAGGUCGUGUUACUGUUCUACAGCCCGUUACAGGUGCUGGCCGUGGAUAAUGUCAACUUUGGAGUGCAUGUUGAGAAUCAGACUGGGGUUCGGGACGGCCUGAGCCGGAAACACCAUCGGGUUUACCAAAUCUACAGUCGAACCAGCGGAAAACACGUUCAGGUGCUCGGCAAAAAGAUCACUGCCAUGGGGGAGGAUGGAGACAAAUAUGCCCAGCUCGUGGUGGAGGCAGACACCUUCGGGAGUCAAGUGAGAAUACGAGGAAAAGAAACAAACUACUACUUGUGCAUGAACCGCAAGGGGAAGCUCAUAGGAAAGAAAGACAGCAGCGUAAACGGAGGCUGCGUUUUCAUCGAGAUAAUGCUUGAGAAUAACUACACGGCCUGGAUGUCAGCACACUAUGUAGGCUGGUACGUUGGCUUUACCAAAAAGGGUCGGCCUCGAAGAGGCCCGAACACGUUACCCAACCAGCGGGACGUGCAUUUCAUGAAACGCUUUCCUCCAGGAGAACAACCCGACCUGCAGCCCUGCAGCUUCACCACAGUCAGCAAGAGGAGCAAAAGAGUCCAGCAGCCCUCCGCCUCUCCUCCGCCACUGCCAUAA